GUUGAAGUGCGGGUGCCGCCACAAUGAAGGCGGUGGCAACGGGUCGGACGUGGACAAGGGACACAAGCGACCAGCGACUACUGGAGCAGGCAAAGGCGUCGAUGGUGGAGCAAUGCGCGUUGGAGGUGGAAGCGACCAAGACGUUGCUCAACGAACGCCUGCGCAAGGAGCAGAGGAGGCACGCCAAGGCCCUCGAAGAGCGAGAGAAGCGAGCGGAAGAGUUCUGCACAAACUUGCAGGCCAAGUACGAGGAUCUCAUGGGCGUUCACGAAGUGACGUGGCAGAACCAGCUGCACGCGAUGCAGCAAUCCAUGCACACGCUCCUGCGUACGCACAUGUCUCUGGAAGACCACGAUCUGAUUUUGAACCAAAAGACGACCGCCUUGAACGACGCACAUGCCAGGGCCGUGCAGCUCCUCCAAACGACGUUCGAUCGGUCGAUGGUGGAAGCUCAGCAUGUUCACGAACGAACUGCCGAAGCAGCGCACCACGCCGCCGUGGUGCCUCUCCACGCAACGAUUGCGGAGCUUCAGGCCAAAUGUGAGCAAGCUCAGGCAGCCGUGGACGACCUGACUACGCAACUGGCCAAGACUCGGGAGAGAUACCAAAGCGAGGUGUUGCGGCGCACCAAAGUCGAAGCCAAGAUGCACGAAAGCUGUAGACAUUUGUUGAGUAUGCGAAAUCAGCUCAAGAAGGCAAGUGGUGGAAUUGCCGAGUGGAAGGCGCAGACCAAGGACUGGCAACGUCAGGCGAGCCAAGGACAAGCAGAUUGCACCGCGCUCAAGCUGACGUUGGUCACGGCGGAAGCCACCCACGGCAGCACGGUGAAGUGUUUGGAGCAAGACAUUCGAUACCUCGAGCAAGCCCUAGCAAAGGAAACGUCCUUGAGGGUAUCUGUGGAGGGCCAACUGGCGGUGGCCACGGCGGCCGUGACGACGUGUGCAUCGUCGAAAGGACAAGUGGAAGCACGGGAGCUCAUGGCUAAUCAACGUCUGGAGCAACUGCAAGUGAAUUGGGAUGCCGACGUCGCGCGCCGGACUUUGGCGGCGGCGGACGAACAAGACAAGCUCAAGCUGGCAAACGAAUGCAUCGACAAGUUGCGGGGUACGGUCAUGGAUUUGCAGCGAGACUCGCAGGUACUGUCAAUGGAAUUCCCUUAUUUCAAAUAUAUACUAUAGGACCUACGGCGGCAAUUGGACGUGGCGGUGGCGUGCAAAGAUCAAGUGGAGGGGGCGUGGAAUGUCCGUCUUCGAGACAUCGAAAAGAAAUUGCAAGCGUCAGAUGUGGUUAACAAGGCGCUGCGGAAGGAGAAUGCCGCGCUCAAGCAAGAGUUGCGCAUCGAGCAACAGUUGUUUAAAGGAUCCACGGCUCUCAAAUAGGGAGACAAUCCAUGGGCCAAUCAUAACGCACGACACUAGUCAAGUGGCCAAUCAAAUUUCUCUCUUCAACGCUACGAAUUAACUGUAAA